CCGAGCCGGGGCUGGAGCAGCAGCGGCGACGGCGGCGGCGGCAGCGGCGGCGGCGGAGGGAGGGCCCCACGGACAGACGGACGCACGAACGGACCGAGCGAGGGAGGGAGCGAGCGAGACUUCGCCGGCGAGGAGGAGCGGCGCGAGCGGCGACUGCUGGGCGCUUCCCCGCGCUGCUGGGUGCUCGGCGCCUCCGCGGCCCCCGGCUCCCGGCCGCAGCUUCCUCGCGCGCGCGGGGCGCGGGGUGCGGCGCCCGGGGCUCGCUUAGCCGAAGGGGUCGCUGAACUAACUCCAGGCUGGUGUGCGGGCCUGGCCGAGCAGGGGGCACCCAGGAGCUGGAGUCACCAUGGCGGCCGGCGUCGCAGCCUGGCUGCCUUUUGCGCGGGCUGCGGCCAUCGGGUGGAUGCCGGUGGCCAACUGCCCCAUGCCCCUGGCGCCGGCCGACAAGAACAAGCGGCAGGAUGAACUGAUCGUCCUCAACGUGAGCGGGCGGAGGUUCCAGACGUGGCGGACCACGCUGGAGCGCUACCCCGACACACUGCUGGGCAGCACGGAGAAGGAAUUCUUCUUCAACGAGGACACCAAGGAGUACUUCUUCGACCGGGACCCAGAAGUGUUCCGCUGCGUCCUCAACUUCUACCGCACAGGCAAGCUGCACUACCCGCGCUACGAGUGCAUCUCCGCCUACGACGACGAGCUGGCUUUCUACGGCAUCCUGCCCGAGAUCAUCGGCGACUGCUGCUAUGAGGAGUACAAGGACCGCAAGCGGGAGAACGCCGAGCGGCUCAUGGACGACAACGACUCGGAGAACAACCAGGAGUCCAUGCCCUCGCUCAGCUUCCGCCAGACCAUGUGGCGGGCCUUCGAGAACCCGCACACCAGCACGCUGGCCUUGGUCUUCUACUACGUGACUGGCUUCUUCAUCGCCGUCUCGGUCAUCACCAACGUGGUGGAGACGGUGCCCUGCGGCACGGUGCCCGGGAGCAAGGAGCUGCCGUGCGGCGAGCGCUACUCGGUGGCCUUCUUUUGCCUGGACACCGCCUGCGUCAUGAUCUUCACGGUGGAGUAUCUCCUCCGGCUUUUCGCGGCGCCCAGCCGCUACCGUUUCAUCCGCAGCGUGAUGAGCAUCAUCGACGUGGUGGCCAUCAUGCCCUAUUACAUCGGCCUGGUCAUGACCAACAACGAGGACGUGUCCGGCGCCUUCGUCACGCUCCGGGUCUUCCGCGUCUUCAGGAUCUUCAAGUUCUCCCGCCACUCCCAGGGCUUGCGGAUCCUGGGCUACACCCUGAAGAGCUGUGCCUCGGAGCUCGGCUUUCUCCUCUUCUCCCUCACCAUGGCCAUCAUCAUCUUUGCCACUGUGAUGUUUUAUGCAGAGAAGGGCUCCUCUGCCAGCAAGUUCACGAGCAUCCCGGCCUCUUUUUGGUACACCAUCGUCACCAUGACCACCCUGGGAUAUGGAGACAUGGUGCCCAAGACGAUUGCGGGGAAGAUCUUCGGCUCCAUCUGCUCCCUGAGCGGUGUCCUCGUCAUUGCCCUCCCGGUCCCUGUGAUCGUUUCCAACUUCAGCCGGAUUUACCACCAGAAUCAGAGAGCUGAUAAGCGCAGGGCACAGAAGAAGGCCCGCCUCGCCAGGAUCCGUGUGGCCAAAACAGGCAGCUCCAAUGCCUACCUGCACAGCAAGCGGAACGGACUCCUCAACGAGGCCCUGGAGCUGAUGGGCACCCCGGAAGAGGAGCACGUGGGCAAGGCCACCUCGCUCAUCGAGAGCCAGCACCAUCACCUGCUGCACUGCCUGGAAAAAACCACUGGGUUGUCCUAUCUUGUGGAUGAUCCCCUGUUAUCUGUACGAACCUCCACCAUCAAGAACCACGAGUUUAUAGACGAGCAGAUGUUUGAGCAGAACUGCAUGGAGAGUUCAAUGCAGAACUACCCGUCCACACGGAGUCCCUCGCUGUCCAGCCACCCAGGCCUCACCACCACCUGCUGCUCCCGUCGGAGUAAGAAAACCACACACCUGCCCAACUCCAACCUGCCGGCCACCCGCCUGCGCAGCAUGCAGGAGCUCAGCACCAUCCACAUCCAGGGCAGCGAGCAGCCCUCCCUCACCACCAGUCGUUCCAGCCUUAAUUUGAAAGCCGACGACGGACUGAGACCAAACUGCAAAAGCUCCCAGAUCACCACAGCCAUCAUCAGCAUCCCCACUCCCCCGGCGCUGACCCCAGAGGGGGAAAGUCGGCCCCCCGCUGCCAGCCCAGGUCCCAACACGAACAUUCCUUCCAUAGCCAGCAACGUCGUCAAGGUCUCGGCCUUGUAAAGCCACUGGACGGAGGGCCCGUGCGGGUAGUGGGAGCCAAGGGGGCUGGCAUGUUGGUGAGUGGCCCCUGGGACCACUCCCUCCCCCUUCCCCACUAUUCUGCCCGCCCCGCCCCGUUGCACCCCUAGCGCUGAACCUUGUGCCUGGAUGGAGAGAGAGGCAGCCACGUGGCCCCCCGAGGCUCCCGGCUGCUAGUGUGGACGGGGCCCUGUGACCCUGCAUCUCACUGGGAACAGAGGAGGGGGGGGUGGGGUAGGGAUGGGACGGUGGCGGGUAGAGGCUGCUCCCCAGGACAGGGCCCGGAGGGGGGGGCCUCAGACCAAAUAGCAGUUGUUUCUGGAGACCCCAGCGAGGAAGCUACAAGACCACAAACAGCAGCGAGGCCGAGCUGUCACAUGCGAAACGGGAAGGAAACAUAACACUGUGUAUUUAAGCACCUUUUUCAAGGCUCUUAAUGGAUAAUAUUUAUUCAUGGGAAAAGGUGGAAAGCAAAAACACCAACGGAGUUUUGUGACAUGUUUUUCUCCAUGGACCCAGUACCUUCGAACCAAAACCGUGCAUUUUGUGAGGGUUUUCGUUUUGUUUUUGGUUUGGGUUUUCUCCUUUUAUAGCAAAAGCUUUUAGGCCAAGAGGUCAGUCACUGCUGAGUUCUCUCUCCGUCCCCCCAGGGAGGCGAGGUCAACUGAGCCUGGGCCCCGCCGCCCCGCUGACCUGCACAGAGCUGCCGAGUGACCACACAGCCACCCCCAGCCCCGUCUGUCCCUGGGUCCAUUGUCUCUGUUCCUCUCUGCUUCCCGCCCUGGGCUGUUUUUCUCUGUGUCCAACCAUCUGUCUCUUCAUGGACCCCCGCGAUCCUGAGACCUGGUAGGAGAGCCUGCUCCACUCACUGCCUGGCACCUGCAGACUCGCGCCCGGGGGGUCCUGUUGUGUGCGACCGCGGUUGUGGAAGAGAAGAGAAUGGAACAAGCACGGGAGUUGAGGGAUCGGGGAAGCCCACCUUCCAGAAUGAAGUGCUUCCCUUCUGGUUGGAACCACUGGUGUUUGAAGUUUCUGUUUCUGGGGAAGAAAAGGAACAAGCGACCAGAUUUAUCCCCUUGGGAUCUUGAGAAAGGAAAUGGCCAGGCCCUGAGAGGCCCAGGAAGCGCCGGUGGGGACCAGGGAGGAGAGAACCGAACCCGGGCUCUCGGCUGCCGUCGGCCCCUGUGGCGCCUUGCUCUGCACCCUCCUUUCAGGACCCCCCGGAAAGCUCCCCCAGCAGCUCUGCCAAGAGGCCCCACGAGCAGGUUCCCGCAGAGAAGGCAGUGGUCUGGGGACGGGUCUCCCGCCUGAAGCAGCUCCACGGAGGCUGCAGGAGGUUGAGCCUGUGUCCCCCACGAAGGAUGCUCCAAAGGGAAAGCGAGGAAGAGGUUCGCGAUGCUUCUUACCUGGUCUGAAAGAUGCCCUGAGGUCUGGAGAGUCUUCAGGCCUGAUGUCCCCGAAGAGAACUGAAACGGGGGAGAAGCCUGGUCACCCCCCUGCCAGUGAGGAAGAGAAGAUUAUUUCUGGAGGAUCUGGACACAUUUCGAUUGGCAAGUGGCUUGCACCCUGAGGGGCUGGGAACAGCGUUUCUGGAAUCCAAUCGGUUUGCACUGCUUUUAGCGGAGCUGGUAGGCCUCAGGGUUAGUGACAAGGCCCUUUCCGCCCUCCCCCGUGUCCAGCUACCCCCUUGCCAUCUUUCCAGCCUGGGUUCUGAGGUACAGGAGCUCCUCGGGAACUCUUGCUCCAUUCAGCAGCUUAGCAUUUUCAUCGUAGGCCAAGGUUUUCUCUGCCCACCGUGGCCUCUAGAUGCAUUUUACUGGACGGGAACCUAAAAACAACUUCCAUGAGCUCCCUUACGACCCCAGCUCUAUUGACCCUGUAGAAGGAGGAAGUCAAAGGGUUCCGAGGUGGCACCUAAGCAGAAAGUGAGCGAGACAGAGGAGAGGGAGCCUCCCGCCGCCGCUACCCUCAUCCACCACUGAGUCCUUUCUCUGGGUCUGGCCUCAAAGAUUUCCCCUUCCCUGAGAAUGGGGGUUCUGGCCCCCCAGGUGUCUGGUGUCAGUGGGCAGCAGUGCUUUACAACUACGGAGGAAUGCACGUGCACACACGAACACACAGCAACCUGAACAUACGAGAGUAAAACCCGUUCCCACCACACACACGUCUCAUUAGGGAAGGCAGAGGCCUGGCCUGGACUCCAUUUAGAAAAGGGAUUUUUCUUUUGAAAGAACGGGUAAUGGAACACAGUUAGGGGUGUCUAAGUUUCUACGUAUACGUCCUAAGACCUGAAUGGGGUAAAGGAUAAAAAGGGAAAUAGGAGCUUGGCUACGUACACACACCAACGGCCUGUGUUUAAAAACGGGUCAUUGCAAGGUGAGAAUCAUGACUGCGCCACCCAGGAUCUGUUUGGUGGUGCACCAGGGCAGCAUAUUAGUGGGUCCCACAAAAAUUUAUGAAGACAUUUUUUAAAAAAUAUGUCCCAGAAGUCCCCAUUUUGGCUCAGCGGUCACGAACCCAACUACUGUCCAUGAGGACGCAGGUUCGAUCCCUGGCCUCACUCAGUAGGUUAAGGAUCUGGCGUUGCCGUGAGCUGUGGUGUAGGUCAGCAGCUGUAGCUCCGAUUCAACCCUGGCCUGGGAACUUCCAUGUGCCAUGGGGGCAGCCCUAAAAUACCCAACUAAAUAAAUACUCAAAAUAAAAAUAUGUCCCAAACGAUUUCCCUGUUUUUUUACCUUAAUGAACUGACUGUUUUGUAUGCCUUCAAUUCCAUUUCCAAACCCUGCAGUGCGCCAGUUCCUGCAGACUAACCCCUUCAUCUCCGUCCCCAACAUACUUCAGCCAAAGAUGAGAGACCCAGCUCACCUUGGGUCCAAAAGAAGUUAAGCCAAGACAAUGGCUCAACUACCCAACAGAAUUCGGUCAGACUGCAGUGCUAUGGGGCAUUUGUAAGUAAGCGAAAGGGCCAAAGUGUCCUGAAUCAGUUUAAUGUCCAACUCACUGGCCAGUGACUGAAACACCAGGAGAGUAUCAGGAUUUUCGGGGAGCACAGGCUUUCUGGGGAAAUGACUCGUGCUUUCGAGGUUCACGAACCACUUCGGCAUAAGAGAAGAUUUGUAAAACCACCUAUCCCGUUCAAGCCUCCUCAACACUGGGGGCGGUAAAAACCAACCAACCAAUAAGCUACGUCCAAAUGAAUGGAAACUUAGAAAACAGGAGUUAAGCGUAUAUCAGAACUAGAAGAGAUGCAAUAUCCCAUUUCUUUUACAGUAGAGAAAGCUGAGGCCCAAAGAAAUUAAGCGACCUUCUCAAGGUCAUGCAGUCAUUUAAUGACAGGUGGGAACCAGAACCCAAGUCCCUUAGCUAUGAGUCUAGUGCUUUUUCCACUGCACCUCCUGCUUCUCAGAGCAGCGAUGCUUCAGAGAAGACCCAUCGGAGAAUCCAAGCUCUAACUAGAGACAUAGUCUUGUGCAAACGUCAAUACUUCUUGGACCCAGCCCUUGAAAACCACCUGACUUUACCAAUACAAACCAUACUUUGGGAACCAUCAUUCAUAGCUAGAACCAGCCAUGGACCAUCAAGUCUGUCAAAAAUAGGUGAUUAAAUGGACAGUCAGGUUUUUCCAGUCAAAUGCUUAUCUAUGCUUCUCAGUGAAGAGAAGGCUUGGACAGCAGUUUAAAGUAUACCUUCUAUAGUCCUUUUAAUCCUUUCUACGACCUCUGGUAGUAGUAGGUCAAGUACCUAAAUCCUUGACUGACUGAGAGGAAAAUAGGCAGAAAGAAGCUGAGUGACAUCCAGAUUUGCAUGACAAGAUAGUGGCAGAGCCAUGAUUGCAAUCCAGGGCUGAGACAUCUUGUCCUGGGAUUUUUUUUCCUCGACAUCAUGUUGCAUUACUCUGUGGCUUGCUUAUAUUUUUAAUACCUGGAUUUCAAGGGUGGUGAUUAGAAGAAAGCAUUACACUCAGAACCACCCUGAACCAGGACCUCCAGAUGCAAACUCUGUAUUAUUUCUCCUUCCUCCCCGAUUUUCAUAACUAGUGUCAAGCUCAAGACUAAGUGCACAGAAUCCUGUUUAAAAGACCAGAUAUUCUCAACGAUGGCCGAACCCAUGAGUCUAUAUUCAUGUAGGGGUAUAAAGUCCGCGCGUGUGAAAGUGAAAUUAAGACAAAGCAUUUGAACGGAAAUUAAAGUUGAUGCUGAUUCACAAAUGAACGAAAAAAAGUCAACUCGUAGAUAUGCUAAGGACUUUACCCAGUCGUCAAACUGUGAUUCCUGCAGUUCGGGGUCAUGUCACUUACAGGCUAGAAUAUAGGCAGGGAAAAGUGUACAUCAAGAGAUGUACCUAGGUGUGUUUUCCUUACCUUUUGUUUCAACUUUGCAGAGCUAGUAGGUGAAAUUGAUCUACACCUAGAUGUUUAGGUUAUUAAUGAAUUCUAUGGUCCAGGCUUCCUCACUUCAAUUACCAGGUAAUGAGGCAGAAAGAUCCUAAUGCUAACUAAGGCAAUCGAGGGCGGUCUUAGUUUCCUUCCUAACCUAGUUGGUAUGGUAACCACGGCAAACACGAACCCAAGACACUUUUAUUUUUCCUGACUUCCUUAUGAAAUCUUAGCACUUGCAGAGCUUUAAAAUGACUGGAUGAAGGAAAACCGUUCUCAUGACCCGUGAUCCUUGGAGUCCAAACAGCAUCAUGAAGAGCGUCGUUAGAACUCAGAGAAAGUGGAUCAGCAAAAGAAACAGCUUAAAGGGGUUCCUUUUGAGUCUUGUUUUCUAUUUAGAAUGUUCUACGUUUUUCUUAUCAAGUGUGGGAAUGAAUUUAUCUGAGCAGGUUACUUAACUACACUGGAUGAGGUCACGCUAACCAGUGUAGGGCACUGACCCAAGUCCUGGGGGGCUGCUUGGACCAAUAGACUAUUUUACAAACCUGGGUGGUGGGAGGGAUGGUCUAUUUUUGAUAAUCAGACAUUCCAAUGUGAUGUUUUCCUUAGAGGUCACCCUCCCCCAUUAAUGUUAUCGUGAAAACCAUCAAGUGUGUUCUUUUCUAUUUUCAUAUAAUAAAUGGGCUUUGCUUACCAACAUCACAAUGGCAAAGAAGAAAUACUGUACAAAACUGCAGGAAGAGAAACAUGUGAAAACUUUCUAUGGAAAAAACAAAAAACAAAACUCUUGAGUUUCCUGUCAGUCUUCUUUUGAAACUGUAGUGCAUAUGUUAAAAUGUCUAUCAUUUACAGUAUUGAGUCAUGUGCCACUGCUGUACCUGAUGUAUCCAAUCUGGAUUAAACAAACUAUGUGCCACAGACCCUAAAA